CUCUUCCCAUAUAAAUCACCAAUUACCAACAAUCACUAGAUACUCGGUCAUUCUUUUCCGUCUUAUUCUUUCAUCAUAUCAUUUUCUUGCAUAUGCAAAAUGAUUCUUCCUCUCUUUAAGUCUUCCAAAUCUCACCUACCCAUUCCCAUGUUUUUUUCUUGGAUGACACGUAAUGUUUACAUUCAUAUAUCCAUAUAACACAAUUCAAAUUCUGAUAGCCCAUUUAACAAAUUGGAAAAAUAUGGAGAAUUCAAUAAGAUUUGGGGUGAUGGCUGUUUUUGCUGUAUCCGGAAGCAUGGUUUUAUUGGCACAUCAAGUUCAUAAACGUAUACUAUCUAAUUUCAUGAAGAAAUUUGAGUUUGAAAUAUAUCCACACGGCCAAAAAAAGUUACACGGGAAUGAUAAACAUCAAGCAAAGAAAAAGGUGCGGUUUUCAAAACAAGUGACGGAACCUCUAAUGGAGAAGAACAAGAGUAACAAUAAUAAUCAUAGAAAUGCGACAAAGGCACAAAGGGUGAAGGCUGAACAAAUUUUGGUCAGGAAGAAUGCUGAGAAAUGUGGGUGUGGGCCCAAAUUAGAGGAAACUAUGCCUCCUAAUAGGGCAGUUUUAUAUAGGGGUAUUAUGAAAUAUCAGAAUAAGACUCCUCGUGGGAAAUUUCGUUUUUGAUUUCUUUUUUUAAAAAAUAGAGACUAUGGUUCAUGUGAAUAUGUUUUCAAGAUUUGUUGUAUAUUGCAAAUAACGUAGUAAAAAUUAUUUUUGUACUUCCCAUAAGGAGUUGUAAAGAGAGUUAAGAAAUCACUUAUCCUUCUUACCUCUAAUGCACUUGUUUAGUAUGUUGUGAGUUUGUUUGUUGUA